AUUGAGUAAUUUUAGUUUGCUUAUAUUUGCAUAAUUUGUGCAUAAUUCAAUAUCAGAUAUAUUGUUUAUUAUUAUGAACCUAACUCUGUAUAUUACAUUAUAUAAAUACUUGUUUAAUUUGUAGGGUAUAUGAAUGGUAUAUGUUUGUUAAUAGAACAACUGAAAAAGAAAGUGUGUGCAACAUAAAACCAUCAAUAGUAAACAUUUUUAUUUAAUAAUUAAUACAGAAAAGUCACCAAAGGAUCUCUUGUAUGUCUCCUAUCAAUACCUUGUCAUUAUUAAAAACACAAAGGGGCAAGUACAUAUUACAAAAUGGAGACAUCAAGAAAAUUAAACAAGUUCAUGAUUUCCUCUAAAAACAUUGAUUCACCAAAGUCAAAUUUAUCUAAUACCAAUAUAUGGAAAGAACACAAUUUGCGCAUACAUACAAAAUCAAAACAUAAAAAGGAGAAAACAGAUUUAAAAAAUAUGAAGUUUCAAAGUACCAGAAAAUUUUCAAAAUCUCCAAAGAUUGUACUAAAAUUAUCUAAAUCUGAGGAGUUCAACUUAUCAAAAUUAAAGAGAUUUCAUUGGAGUAAAACAAUAUCGCCAUCAAACAAGGAAAAAUCUGGAGAAACUUCUCAUCGAAUAAUGAAUAAAACAGUAUCGCCAUCAAAGAAGGAAAAAUCUAAAAUUCCUUAUUAUUACACAAAUAAAAAAAUAUCACCAUCAAAUAAGAGGAAAUCUACAAAUUUGUAUAACACGGAUAUAGCUGCUUUCAUAAGAGAAAACACCAUAAAGGAUAGCUUACUAUUAAAAAAUCCAGUAGUAGUGCUGCAAAGACUUCCGAAGGAAAUUCCUUGCACAUCUAGCCCAAAUAGUAAAAGCAAUUUUAAAAGGAAUAAUUAUAACACGUCUAAUACACAAGAAGAAAUUGCUUUAGCAAUAAGUGAUGAGCAGGACAAUGGAGUAAAUAAAAACGAAACUUAUGAACUCGCUGAACCUGAAACACCAAAUUUACGCAAAAUACUACGUGAUAGACAAAAGACAAAAUAUGAGGAAUCCAAUUUAAAUGAAAAAGUAAGAAAAACAAGCUUUAGAGAAAGCAUGAAUUGUACACAUAAAUCUGUAUUACGAUCUACACCCGAGAUGAAGGAACUCACCAAGAAAUGCAAUCAUGCAAUGGUUGUGUUAAACCGAAUCAAAGAUAUUAGCAGUACUACAUCUGCAUUUGAAAGAAAAUCAGAUUCUGUUACGAACAAAAACAUUCCUGUCGUUAAAUCUCUUACUCCCACGUCAAGAUUACAUGGCGAUUCAAAGAUUAAAAGAACUCCCUUUACUCCUGCCACUAAAAAGCUAGGUUUGAAAAUUUCUGUAAGAAAGAAUGUUCCACACUUCGCUGAAAUUCAUAAGAAAUUAUUUGAUGAGCUAGAAUCUGCUGUAGAUGCACAACAACGACUGAAAGAGAGGCAUAGAGCACUGACUACACCGAAGGCCAAAAAUUUACCAAUAUCCAAUAUUACUCCAAAAAAUAAUUUUCUAAAAUACAAUUCAACCAAAAGUCGAAUCCCUUGUAAGACACGGUUGAAGGAUGCUACAAAUUGUAUUCAAAAAAAGGAACCAAAGGUAGAAAUAAUAAGCAAGCGUCAGCGACAAAACAGAGAAAUUCUAAAAGGUGUUAGAACAAAUCGACGUUUUGAAUUACAAAUGAAAUCUAGAAAUAUAAAACUAUAAUAGUUGAUCGGAUAACAAUAUUUUGCUAUUACGAAUUAUAUUAUACAUGAAUUUGUUUGUGUUUAGUGUGAUCUAAUCAAUAGACUGUGCAUUUUAUGCAUUUAUGACGAAAGUAAAUGGGUGUAAUGAAAAACUGUGGAGCUGCUGAAUGAAUUUAAGAAUAUUGUUGUAUCGUUGUUGAUUUAUGAAAAUGAUUAAAAUUACAAACUUUUUUAUUUUGCAUAAAAAUGUGCAGUCUAAUCAAAGUACUAAAUAUCUUUGGGUACCAACACGAAUAGUUAUAAUAAAUAAAUCUAGAUUUUCUUACUA